AUGCCUCCGCAUGGUGCACACAGAGUGAACAAUGUGGAAGGGGGAGAAGCUGAGGACUUGGUGGUCAGUAUUGAGGAUGUCCAGACAUCGCUGUUUGUUGUGAAGGACCGUUUAUUGAAUGAGGGAGUGUUCUCGGGCUGUUGUGAGGGCUGUGUAGACUGUGCAGAGUCAGAGAAUGGUUGUGAUCAGUUAAGGGCUGGUAUACAGAAUUUGAUUGACGAGGGCUGUUUGCAAUUCAGUCGGGCUGUUAGAGAUCGUGGGGUGGUGUCAACCGUCACUAUUUACUUCAAGCCGUCCGAGGGACGUGGUCAGAGGAUUGUUAGUGCGCCUACGACUGGUGGUACUCCUGUUACCAUCUCUGCUCCUGUAACCGUCAGUACUCCAACUACCAUCGUUGCUUCGGGAAGAAGAGCUGUUGACAGUAGGGUUGUGCCAUGGAAGUAUGACAAUGCCUACCGCAACAAUCGAAGGGCCGAGAAUCAGGUGAUAAAUGAAAUGGAUUCAGAAACCAUUGGUAAUGAAAUUGUAGAUGAAGUGAAUGUGGUUGAUUUAGAGAAUGAAACAAUUCAAGGCGUAAAUGAACAAAGAAGAAUUGAAGAUGAUGUUUUACCUAAGUCUAAGAAGGCCAAAACAUCAAGUGCUGAUUGUUGGAAAGUGUUUACUAAACUUGGGGCGGAUAAAGAUGGGAAUCCAUUGGCUAAGUGCAAUGGUUGUUCAAAGAUUUUGAAGGGUGGCGAUAGGAAUUAUGGUACCACGAGUUUGAAUCGUCAUAUGAAGAAGUGCACUAAAAUCAAAUAUGCUGACGUAGGUCAAGUAAUGAUGGACUUGCAAGGUAGACUCAAGAAUCUUACAAUAGAUAAAAAGGUUUCUAGAUCAAUGUGUGCUACUGCAAUCAUUGCACAUGAUUUACCGUAUAAAUUUGUGGAGUUUCAAAAAAUUAGGGAUUGGAUGAAAUAUUUGAACCCUGAAUUUUCUCCUAUUUCAAGAAAUACCGCUAAGGCUGAUGUUGAUGAAAUAUUCAAGACAGAGAAAGAAGCUCUUAAGAAGGAGUUAGCUAAUAUUCCCUCUAGAAUUUCACUAACUUCUGAUAUGUGGACAGCUUGUACAAGUGAAGGUUAUAUUUGCCUGACUGCUCAUUAUGUUGAUUCCAAUUGGAAUUUGAAGAGUAAGAUUCUAAACUUUUGUCAUAUGCCUCCUCCACACACGGGAUCUGAAAUGUCAAAAAAGAUUCUUGACUUUUUAUCAGAUUGGGGAAUUGAGAAGAAGAUUUUUUCACUCACAUUAGAUAAUGCUUCUGCUAAUGACGUGAUGCAAGCUCAUUUGAAAAGACAACUUGUCUUGCAAAACUGGUUAUUAUCUGAGGGAGAGUUCUUUCAUGUUCGUUGCUCAGCGCAUGUUUUAAAUUUGAUUGUGCAAGAGGGUUUGAAAGUAAUUGGUGAUGCAUUGGAAAAGAUUAGGGAAAGUGUCAAAUAUGUGAAGGGCUCUGAGGGUAGAAUGAAAAAAUUCAAGGAAUGCAUUGAACUCAUUGGCGGUAUUGAAACAUCGGCUGGUUUAUCUUACGAUGUUUCCACUAGAUGGAAUUCUACUUAUUUGAUGCUUCAAAGUGCAUUGAAGUACCGACGUGUAUUUGCAAGCCUUAGUUUCCAUGAUGAUAAUUAUAAGGUUUUCCCUUCCGAAGAAGAUUGGAAAAGAGGAGAUAAGAUAUGCACAUUCUUGUUGCCAUUUUAUGAGACAACAAACUUAAUUUCCGGAACGUCUUAUCCUACUUCCAAUUUGUAUUUUUUGCAAAUUUGGAAAAUUCAGUGUGUUUUGAUGGCAAGCAUCAAAGAUGAAGACACUCUUAUAAGAGACAUGGCUGAAAGAAUGAUGAUCAAGUUUGAGAAGUAUUGGAGUGAUUAUAGUGUGGUUCUUGCUCUAGGAGCGGUUCUUGACCCAAGGAUUAAACUUACCUCUUUGGAAUACAUGUAUGAAAAAGUUGAUCCACUUACCUCAACAAUUAAAACAAAUGAAAUCAAGCAGAAAUUGUACACUCUCUUUGAGAUAUAUCGUCGCCUUCAUACUUCGUCUUCUACAACCUCUCAAACUCCAUCUUCCAUCACUAGAGGGGAAUCAAGUUCACACGCGUUGACUAAAAGUUUGUUCAAUGAUUUGAAAGCACACAAACAACAACUUGCAACAGAGACCGAAAAGUCUCAACUUGAUGUUUAUUUGGAUGAGGCAUCCCUAUUACUACUGUUGCAUCUGAAUCUGCUUUCAGUAUUGGUUCAAUCAUUCUAA